AUGUCAGAAACUCACCAUGACAACGUAGAUCAUGAAUUGAGUGAAUUUUUCACAAAAUUAUAUCAUACAGAUGAAAAUGCAGCUGUAAGCGGUAAAGAUUACUUAGUGAACCUACAAGGUCAUAUUUCUGGAUCGACACAAUCACAGGAUAAGGCUCCAAAACCGUUAUUUGAAUAUGUGAAUGAAGAUGUACUCAAGAAGAAGCCUACAUUUGCAAAGUUCAUCGCCUUACUAGACAAUUAUUGUCCACAAGUUGGUAUUACUGAAAAUGUCACUGAAGAAGAAAUAAAAGAAGAAGAUGAAUUUAUUGAAGAAUUAAUGAAAACAAAAAUUAUGAAAAUGACUUAUGAAUAUCUUUUGGAGAAACAAAAAAUAUCUGGUGAUAUGGAUAGUUUUAAAGAAUUUUUCAAGAAAAUAUGGUUUAAAAAGUAUACACGAAAACGCCUUAAUGAUUCAUCAGCUUUUGAGCAUCAAAAACAAAUAAAUUAUUAUGGAUGGCAAUGUAAUAAUUGCAAUGAACGUCUUCUUACGAUAAAAUUUAUCGAAGGGGAUAAAUAUGAAAAGCCAGUUGGAAGUGUUUUUAUUGGUUCAUCACCUGAAUUCGAUAUGGCUAUUUAUACAGUUUCCUUUCUCCAUCAUCCAGGGAAACAAUUUCAAGUUGAAAUUGAUGGAUGUAAAAUGACUAUUACAAGUUUCAGUAUAUCAUCAUCCUCUAAUAUAGGUACUGCUUAUAUGGGAUAAACUCGAUAAACAUCAUUCGGCUAUUUGACUACAUUUUUUACCUUUUAUAAUGACUUGAUUUCAUGUAAUCUUCCACACAC